ACCCGGGCGGGGGGCAGAGGAGCACGUACAGGGGUGGGGGCAGCAGUGGGGGCUGAGCUGAGCCAGGGAGGCGUAGGGGCCACGGGGGGACGGAAUGGGGCCGGCAUGAGGGGUCGGGCUAGGACACGGCCCCUCCGGUCUCAGGACCCCCGCGGCCGCCGCGGCACUAGGACCCAGUUCCCCGCGGGAGAUGCUAAUUUGGGACGAUUCCAACCAAUCACAACGCAGCGCUCGGGUGUGGCGUUCCCCCACUCUCGGAGGACGCCUCUCUGAUUGGCCGCAGCCUGGCGCACUUGGGCCAAUAGGAGCGCGGGGCGCGGGGCGGGGGUUUGUGAAUGGGGUCGGGCGCGGGGCCGCAUCCCGCACGGGGCUGUGCGGGGCUGCACCCUGGCACCGCCAUGUCCCGGCUCCUGGCCCCGCACCCCGGGCACCAUCCAGGUCCCCACCCCCGCGGCAGCCGCCCAAGGACAUCUUGUUUUAAGCCAGCUUUCUUCGAGUCGAUAAAAAGGGACCGGGGGGAUAAACAACGAGCAUCUCCGGCAGCGGGGCCACCCUGGUGUCCCCGAGAGAGCCACGUCCUACAGCUCCGAAAUGUGCCAUCAGGAGUGGGGCGAGCUGAGCCACCCCGCUGUCCCCAUGUCAUGCCCCCGCCGGCGGUGCCCUCAUCCCCCUGAUGCUCCCCGUGUCCCCCUGCAGCCAACGCAUGGUGGAGGGCGAUGGUCCCGGUGCCCAACAGCACGGCGGUGACAUGGCCGGAGCCGGAGCGGUCGCCCUGCAUGGUUGGCAUCUUCCCCGUCGUGUACUACAGCGUCCUGCUGGGCCUGGGGCUGCCAGUGAACGUCCUGACCGCCGUGGCCCUGUCCCGCCUGGCCACGAGGACCAAGAAGUCAUCGUAUUGGUACCUGCUGGCCCUCACCACCUCCGACAUCCUCACCCAGGUCUUCAUCAUCUUCGUGGGCUUCAUCCUGCAGACAGCCAUCCUGGCGCGGGCGGUGCCCCGCACCUUCAUCCACAUCGUCAACGUGUUGGAGUUCACAGCCAACCACGCCUCCAUCUGGGUCACCGUCUUGCUCACCGUGGACCGCUACGUUGCCCUGUGCCACCCGCUGCGGUACCGCACCGUCUCCUACCCCCGCCGCACCCGCAGGAUCAUCGCCGCUGUCUUCGCUGUGGCUCUGGCCACCGGCAUCCCCUUCUACUGGUGGCUGGACGCGUGGCAUGACGCCGACCCGCCCACUGCACUGGACAGGGUGCUCAAAUGGGUGCACUGCGUCACCAUCUACUUCCUGCCCUGCAGCAUCUUCCUGGCCACCAACUCCGUCAUCAUCCGCAAACUGAAGCAGCGCGGGCGCUCCGGGAGCCGCCGGCCGCACCGGGGCAAGACCACAGCCCUCCUCCUGGCCGUCACCACUGUCUUCAUGGUGCUCUGGGCGCCCCGCACCGCUGUCAUGAUGUGCCACCUCUACGUGGCCUCGGUCAAGCGGGACUGGCGCGUGCACCUGGCCCUGGACAUCGCCAACAUGGUGGCCAUGCUCAACACCACCCUCAACUUCUUCCUCUAUUGCUUUGUCAGCGAGACGUUCCGCCGCGCCGUGAGCGAGGUGCUCCGUGCCCACACACAGCACGGCCCCUGCCCCAGCGGCGCCCGCUUCGUGCCCCCAACCCUGAGCCCGCUGCAGCUGCUGGGCACGGCGCGCUCAGCAGGGGGCUGCCACCACCCAGGGGUCCCGGUGCUCACCCAGCACCCGGUGGGACCCUGCCCAAGGGAUGCUGCCCCGCUGUGCCCACAUCCACACAGCUGCGGUGCUGGGGGUGGCAGGAGCUCACAGCUGCUCUCCAGCUCCAACAACGCAGCAAAGCUGCCUCCAGGGCUGGGCCCACAUGAGCUCUGCAGCCCCAGGGAGGAGGCAAUGUGACGGCAUUGCGCUCUCCUGUAUAAACUCUGAUGUUCCAUCUGUAACGCUGCCUGGGUCUGGCUUUGUCUGAGUUCCUCUGCCCAGCCUGGUGCCCUUAGGGCGCUGCUGUCCCUGCUGUGUGGCAUGCACCCAGCUCAGAGCCACGCUCCCACUCACACCACCACACUGCUGCUACGCUGAGCAAGCAGCCGGGGCCAUGCCAGCCUGCCUGUCCCCAGCUGCCACCAGAGGGCAGGGACAGGACGCCCAGCGGAGCUGGCACAGGCAGCAGCAGGGAGCUGGCACCCUAUGCCCUGUGGGAGCAGCCAGGUCUGGAGCAGCAGCCCUGCCUGCCCCACUUUCCAUCCUAAUUCUCCCAUAAGGUCCUUAGUGUAAUCCCCCCCCAAACAGAGCGGCCUUUCCACUGUAAUUCCCCAUAAAUCAGCACUCGUGGAGCUGCCCCAGUGCUGGGGGCUUGGCUGCCCCAAGCAGGGUAUGGAGAGCAGCCCACUGCCCUGUGCCCACCGGACUGAGCCCAGCACUGCAGUGGGAUGGGUGCCCACCCACCUUUGCCCCCACUGCCCAUAAAUGAGCCCAGGAUGACCUUGUGAUGUGGGUCUGACCCCCAUGGGCAGAGGUACACAUCCAGGGCAAUGCACCUCGCACUCUGCAUCACACCGGGGGGUCACACACAUGACCCCUGC